AUGCAUAACGCCUUGAACCGACUACAAGCGACCUUCGGGUUCUUCACCACCUGCGCAUUCACCCUGGCCUCAAUCAUCGCUGUCCUCUCUCUCAUUCCCGUCCCUGCCCCCACAAGCUCGCCCACUGCCUCAAUCGGGGUCCGCAACGUCCAGGUCGUCAAGGGCCGGCCUCACUACUACUCUCCGAAGCGCGAAGAAUACGCCCAAGUGAGGUUUGAUCUCGAUGCCGACCUAUCCAGUCUCUUCACGUGGAACACGAAGCAGCUGUUUGUAUAUGUAACCGCCAACUAUCCCAGCGGAAAAGACGGUCAAGGAGGCACGUCUGAGGCGGUCAUUUGGGACACCAUUAUCCCCGCACCUUCGACGCCUUAUUCCUGGCAGAACCUGAAACAAAAAUACUUCCCCGAGAAGAACAAGAAGUCGAAGUCAAAGAGUCGGAGAGAUUCAAACACAAAAUCAAAGACCACGGAUCUCGUCAAGCCUGGCCGUCUCUCUUUGAAGAAUCAAAAGCCGAAAUACCAGAUCACGGACCCAAGCGGUGUCCUUAGUGAGAGAAACAACGCUACGUUACAGGUCAGUUGGAACCUCCAACCGUGGGUGGGCGCCUUGGUUUGGGAUAAAGGUUACCUGGGCCAACGGGUUGGGAAAUGGGGUGCGGGCAAGGUUGGCACGAGUGAGACGUUCGAUUUUCCACCAUUGAAAGGCAGCAAGACAGAUGCUGUCAAGGACAAGGAGGGGCCGAGGACUCCGAAGGUCGGGUCCGCGUCACCUGUUAUUGAGUUGUAG